UGGCGGGAAAUUUAGCAAGACCGUUAGAGAGUGCAAACAAGCGCGAUAGCUCAUUCGAAGUUGAGUUGUCUAGGGGCAAAUUUGGAAAUUUUGUGGUGUUUCAUCUCGAAGUUGUGGGGCGGCAGCUGGUGUACGUAGCAAGGCGCGAGUAUCCAGAUUAACUCGACUUCAUCGUCACUUUGAAUCUGAACUGUAGUCAUGGAAAUAGCACCGGCACACUUUCGUCGUUUAGUAGAACAAGAAACCGAGCGUUUGACAAGCAUCUGCCAUCAUUGGGAAGGCGUCAUUGCUUCCCAACCUGAUAUUUCCGAGGAAGCGCAAGGUUACAUAAGGAGUGCGACGGGAAAAGCGAAGUUGCUCAUGAACGAGCGGUUUUCACAGUUCACCAGUUUGAUUCACAACUGCGAGAACAACCUCGGAGAGAAAAAAACCACCUGCGAUGACCUUCAAGGUUUCUGGGACAUGGUCUAUUUCCAGGUAGAAGAUGUUGACAAGAAAUUUGAUCAGCUUGCCAAGAUGCAGAAAAAUGCAUGGGAACUUGGCCAAAAUGCUGAUGCUGACAAGGCGAGCAUGCCAAGAGUUGGAUCCAAAACUAAAAGUGUCAAGGCUACAAAACCUGUAGCAACAAAAUGUGUGCCCACAGAGGCACAGAAAGCAAGGAUUGAAGCAUCACGCAAACGUCUUGCUGAAGCAAAAGCUCGUGCAGCUACUACAGUUACUGCACGAGGACCUGCUCUAACAGCUGACAAAGAGAAUGCAGUCCUCUUUGAAGCACCAAACUUCUUUCUUGUAUCAAGCCCUGCUCAGUCAAAGCAUAAUAAGCCAAAUCUCUUUCAAGGAACACCAAGGAGCCUUCAAAACACUCCAAAACAGAAGGAUUUUUCACCACUGGCAUGUGUUACACGAUCUGCAAAAAAAGCACUGCUUCAGCAUAACUGAGGGAGAUAUGUUAUUUGGCUUUAACAAAAAAAUGUUUAAUGAACUAUUGCAUGUUUGAAAUGUAUGGGAUGCACCAUUUACACAAUCGAGGUGUACAAGACUUUUCACGCUACAUUAAAGUAUUCCAUCUUACGUUUCUCUUGAUAAAUGCUUCAGUCUGCUGA